UUUAGGACAUCUAUGCUGUGUUAGUUAAUGACAACUGUGGGUUGGAGGCUCUUGCAUUCAGAAGAUGGCAACAUGCUGCCAGCCAGCCACUUCCUUCAGCUUCAGUGUUUUGGGAAAUUUAGCCACAAAAUGAUCACUCUGAACCUCUGAAAUCCCCUAUGAUGUUGUCUUGUUGAGUUGGGGGCGUGGUGGACUGCCAUCAUCCUGCCCCAUCCACUUAAAGGAUGUUCCACACGCCUCUGCCUGGAGUUCUGGAUUUUGAAUCGGUCUGCUUUCCGUUCGCCUGCAUUUUCCAAGGCUACGUAUUACAGUAAACCCAAUUCAACUGGGACAUCACUCUGAAAGACGACAUCUGGCAUUUUACACGUGUUUCUUUCUUCUCCUCUAAGUCAUGGCUGGCGGUGCUCCGGUUGUCCUCGCGGCUCUGUGUCUGCUCUGCAGUCCGCUGAGGUGUUUCGCUUCUACGGGCUUCCACGGCGCUUUCCCGCACCCCAACAAACCCCCCGUGCCCGGCUGGGGGCAGCAGAGCGCGAGCAGCAGCAGCGGUCAGGCCGCGGAGGAGCCGCUGGACUCGAGCCAGGAGGCGCUGCACGUGACGGAGCGCCACUACCUGAAGCGCGACUGGUGCAAGACGCAGCCGCUGAAGCAGACGCUGCGCGAGGAGGGCUGCCUGCCGCGCACCAUCAUCAACAGCUUCUGCUACGGCCAGUGCAACUCCUUCUACAUCCCGCGCCACGUGUACCAGGAGGACAGCGCCUUCCAGUCCUGCUCCUUCUGCAAGCCCAAGACCUUCACCGUGGUCACCUACACGCUGCUGUGCCCGGGUCAGAUAGCCCGCACCAAGAGGAAACGCGUGCGCCGCGUCAAACAGUGCCGCUGCACAUCCAUAGAGCUGGACUAACUCUGCUUCGGCGGCUUCCCCCGAGAAAGUAGCCUGUAAAACCGCCAUAGCUGGACACAAAGGGCGUGGACUGGUUUCCCUAAGCGAGCGCCCCCUCUUCGCUCUCAAAAGGAAUGCAUUAAAGAAAUAGUUCAGUGAAAACCAAAGUUUCCAGUUUUCUCCUCCUGCCAAGCCCAAAUCUGGCUCCUGUAGCUUAGAUUUGGACCAGCGAAACUAUCAUUGCUAACGAACACUAGGACUAAAUAGUCACCCAAAUUGUCCAAAUAAUUUCUGUAAAAAUACAUAAUUGAAACGUCUUGGUCCUGCACACACCACCCACCACCAUCACUGGUUCAUUAAGGUUGCACAGACUCGUUGAUGUGGUUUUAAGACCCCCGUAUAAAGGCCUGCAUUUAUAUUAUACAGUGUAUCCACUAGGAAGCUAUUAGUACCUGCAUUUAUCCAGCAAAAAUGCCCAAUGAUAUGUAGGAGAUUCACAUAUGCUGUCUGUCACUGUCAUUCUAUGUGGAAGUUUGGCACAAGAAAGAAAAGCUAAAGGGGAAUUCCACAAAUUUUCCAAAACUUCACAUUAAGCAGUGUUUAGAUGUGAAAUGCUCAGAACACAUGCCUGAAUAAUUUUAUUUUUUUAAUGAAAAAUCCAUUAAUGGAUUUAAUGGAGGGGUACAUGCAGGGCAUAGUAUGGCAACAGGCCCUAAAGAAAACAGAUUUACUACUUUUAUUAUUUAGGUUUAUCAUUUUUCUAUCCUCACCAGAGUCAGAUGAUAGUACAUUUAAUGGGUUAGUAAAUUAGCUGGCUUAUUGUACUUGUGUGGACAUUGCGACCCCUGGCUCCUUUCACUACAAAUGUAAACAAAUCUGAGUGGGAAAGAGUCAGUACAACGAACCAUUUCACAUCAAACCACGCUGAACGACCUUGCGUACAAAUCAAUGAUUGAAAGAUUCAUAAAUAAAAAAAAUAAAAUAAAAUAAAAAAAAGGUGGAAUUCUCCUUUAACACAGAAAGUCACUACUAAACAAAAAGCUACUGGAAUAAACCUCUCCCUCACUCCUGGCAGACAAAUUGAAAAUAAAGCUUUAUGGUGUUCUGUGAAAGGGAGUUACAUGCCAAUUACAACCAAUUAAUAUUGCAACAUUUUUACCUUAAUAAGGGGGCCUAAGGGGCCUGUACCCACUACUUCAGACUACCCUACACAACUUCUUAUCAGUUUUCACAUCUUGUCUCACAUAUUGCUUUUAACACAUUGGUUUUGAGAGUGUUAGAGAACUUUUAUCUCAAGUGAAAUGCAAUGCAUGCAGCGUCUGCACUUUUAGCUUUUUAACAGCCUCUGCUACUUUAGCCUGUUCCACACAGACUGCCUGUUUGUUGUGCACGGCUGAUGUUUAUAACAUGGAAAAGUCAUGUAAGCCAUUCAGUGAAACAGCCUGUCAGUGUCCACUAUGUGGACACAAAGUUUGCUGAAUGCUGCAAAUCAGCUUUUUUUUUUGCCAAAUAUUAAUUUAUGUACAUAGUGUAUUUUCAUAACAGAAAGAUCAAAAGAUAUUUUAAGCUUUGAUAUACAGAUAUUUAUUGCAUUCAGUCUUAUUUCUUAAGUAAAAAAACAUUUGAAUUGAACCAAACAGAUCUGUCAUUCUUUCUUAAUAUGAACAAAAUGAAUAAAAAUGAAAACGGACAUAUCGGGCAGAAGCGUGUCAUUGAGGCAGGUCAAAUAAAAUUCCAUAUUCAUAACUUUA